AUGUUCAAGUUCAGUUUAAUCGUCAGUACUCAUCAGAGUGUGAAAAUCGGAGCUGUCACCGAACCCGUUUGUGCCUAUAAAAAUUCUCAAGAUGAUACCAUCUUCUUGAAAUAUUUACCCUAUUCCAAACGUGGUGAGGAAUACGUGGACUUUGGCAGCGAUGGCAAGUGCCUGAAGAAGGCAACCUGUACGGAUACCUUCCAAACGGUGGUGGACGAUUGCCAAAAAUUCCCAGUUACCUGUGCCAACAAAAAACGCUAUGAGGGUGUCUUUCCGGCAUGCUGUGUCAAGUGUUAA